UUCGCGCUACAGUGGCGGACAGUGUAACAAUACAUUUCAGCUUGGUGUCAGCAACUUAAUCAUUGAUGAACAUGGUGCCAGGAAGGUGGGCUGUUUUUGUUCUGCUCGGAUGUCUGGUAGUCUUUUCCUUCCUGUUCCAGUUUCGCCAUACGCUGUACAACUGGAACCACCUCGUAUCUGGUAGGCAAGGAGACAAUACAACACAGAGUGUAUCUAUAAGGGCAGGGAAAACGCCCAGCGGUCACGUCAAAUCGGGCGUGAACAUCACGGAUAAAAGCCACGCGAAAGAAGACGUUGGGUACGAGAUAAACGUUACUGACGUGUCCUGGAAUCACCCCGCGCUUGCUGAUCACUGCCAGACUCGGAAGAGUUUUGUUUUCAUCAAAGUGCACAAGGCAGGAUCACACAACACCGCCUGCAUUCUUCAGAGAUUUGUAUGGACCAACAACCUGACCAUCAUGCUACCACAGAACCCCGACACGUCCGUUCUGAGACGUCCGGAUCUGACGUAUGUAAAACCGCCAUUCUACCCUCCAUAUGACGUCAUGCUGCAUCACUUACGCUACAACAGGCCCCAGAUGUCAAACCUCAUGCAGAAGAAUGCGGUUUUCCUCGCCAUCUUACGUUACCCUCUCAGUCACCUAAAAUCUUCCAUCAACUAUUUUCACGUGGACAAACGUCUCGGAUUACGAAAGGAAAACCCUCUGGAAGAUUUUCUGAGCGACCCCAAGUAUUUUCUCGGCACGAUGGCGCUAAAAACAAGGAACUGGCAGGCUUUCAUGAUGGGCAUAUCUCCAUGGUACUCUGGGAACAAGAAGAUGGCGCAAGCUCGUAUCCAAGAACUUGGGACAGAGUUUGAUCACGUGAUGAUUUUGGAGUAUUACGACGAAUCGUUGGUGUUGCUGAAAAUAAAACUAUGUUGGAAUCUUCAAGACAUCUUAUACGACAGACAAGUCCGGAAUUAUCGUUCUUAUUCCUACAAGAACGCAGAAAUACCGGAGAAGCUUCAAGAAAACCAUUACCGCUCAAGCGACCUGGACUACAGAUUGUACGACUUCUUCAACAAAACUCUCUGGCGGGAAAUCGCAGAAGGCGGAGACGAUUUUCGGAACGAAGUAGAGUUAUUCAAACGAGUGAACUAUGAAGUAAAUCUCUACUGCAAUAGCUCUGCAAAUGAGAGUAGUUAUGUUGUGCAAGGGACGAUAUGGAACGAAGAGUUCACGGUUGACCAGAAGUUGUGUUCUGAGCUAAAAAUGAGCAGGACAGACUGGGAUAGGCGCUUUUUCAAAAGGCAGGGGAAGGUACCACAGCGAAGGACAAAGGGCACCAACAUCAGUUUUAUCAAGGAUUUUGUAAAGCGUGCAGGUGUAGCUCACCGAAGGAGAGGUCCUCAAAUGGGCCCGGUGAAUGUUAUAAAGGUUUAAUCAUUUGUGGUCCUUCUAUGAAGGAUAACAUA